AUGGGAUAUCUGCCUUUUCCAACAGGGGGUGCUGCAGCACCCCCAGCACCCCUACUUCCCACGGCACUGGGCGCUGCAACUCCAUCUCCACACCGGGACCAAACACCAGGUGAUCUGACGUGGCGUGCGAAGGUUACUGAUCUGAUCGGGCCGAUCACCAUGGGGCUGCACCUGAUCACCACCGCCUGUCUCCUCUUUGCCAGGAUCACGAUAACGCAUCAGUCUCACAUGAACUCAGUGUAUAUGUAUCUCUUCACUCCACGUGGGCCCCAGAUGUUUCCAUGUCUAACUUACCUGGAGAAAAACGUCAGGGUGGACUGCGAGUUCCCACCCACUUACCAGGUCCCUGGCCCCUACUGUGAAUACCGGCAGGACAGUCGGCUGGUGGGCAGCACCUACCCCAACGCCGUCACCUACGUGUCCCACGAUGACCGCCGGAGGAGCAACGUCAGCCUGGUCACUCCUUCUCUGUGCCGCCUCACCUGGGCCCCGAUGGAUGACGAGAAACCUUUCACCUACACCUGCAGAGUUUACCAGGGCAGCAGCUGGAAAGAGAACAGCAUGGCUGUGCAUCACCGGAUCCUGCCGAUCUGCUCUGCCAUCAGCGUUAUGUUCCAAUCUGCGCCGUGGCUUUUGUCCCUGGUGAUGUCACUUCCGGUCGCUGUGGGUCUUCUGAGUCCAUGAACUCUCUCUCACAGGGUAACAACUCAGUGGACAUUUUUACAUGUUUGACUCACAAUGGGCUGAAACGAUGUGGAAGGAUUUUUGUUUUCUGUUAUUUUAAUUUUAGGCAAAAGAAUAGAAGCCAUGAAUGCACUACGAAAUACAUAUGACUGAAUUAAAUCAAACCUUGACUUCUGUUUAGAAAUGUAUCUUUGUGGUGAGAAAGAUUUUAUGUAAUAGACAUCAUUAUCACCACAGUACCUUGAACAACAUUGUUUCACAAUGCUAUAAAAAGAAGAGAGGAAUCAUGGAGAAAUCAGAUUAAAAGCAAAGUAAACAAAUGCAGCAGUGAACACUGUUCAUUUUCUGUUUUAACAGCUAUUUAAAAAAAUCAGAUUACGGUCUUUUGAAGUGCUGUCUCGAUCAGGUCUUCCUUAUAAAUAAGAUACAUUGGGACCUAUAUCUGUAAUAAUCAUUACGCUUUUAGAUUUAAAAAAAGAAAAUGAUGCUUCUUAUAGAUUUAUAUUGCACCUUGUUGCAGUCCUCAACACAAAUAUGUUUAAUUAAAUUAUAUAUAAAGACUUAUAAUAUAUAAAGAAAUUCCCUUAACACAUAUAUGGUGCUGCUGUAACAUUCAACUGUAUGUGACAAAGUGGAGAGCCCUUUGACUGGAUGUAUUGUUACCAUCAAAUCUUUCACUUAAGAGUGAAAACAUUGCAGCUUUUUGUGUCAUUAUAUAAUUUGCAUUGUUUUAUGCUAUGUGUUAACACUUUGCUCACCUAUAUUUACAAUACAGUAAUGAACAUAGACAGGUAAUGAGAUGGAUGUCAUGGCUUCUGAAUAAUAAGUGCUCAAACACUGCCUUUCCUGCUAGCAAUGCUAACAACUUCAGUACCUUUAAAGAGAAUUUAGAAGGUAUCUGGUUAUAAAACAGCAGCUCAAACAAAACCAGUUUCCCCUUUGGACAGCAAUAAUCAAUCAGCAUUGUAAGUAGACAGCGACGUCGACACACAGUGUUUCACUCUCACUUUCGCUUUGAUGCUGUAGUGGUAAUUUCAAGAGCAAAGUCAGCGCUGCACGUUCUGAGAUUUAAUUCCACACAUGCAGAUGGAUGCACAACACAUCACAUACAUUAUGCGAAAAUAAAGCAAAGUGAAGAAGAAACAUCAGUGAUUUGUACCCGUUAGUCGGAUCACACAUUAUCUAACAGUGUUGCAUUGUCAAUGCUACAAAACCAACAGUACAAAAAAAUGUUUUUAAGAUGAAACGAUAAAAUGAACAACAUAAAAAUUUGAAAUAAAACAUUUCUAUUCUGCCCCAUAGAAGAACAAGAAAUGCAGACGAGGAAGAGGUUUUAGCUCUGCAGCCUCACAAUCGUAGAGAAACCACAGCUCACUCAGUAUCACCUCAAGUAAUUACUGAUGGAUAGUCAAUACAUUGAUAGUAAGAAGAAGAGAUGGUGGAGGUUUCAUGUAUCACACAGUAGAUAUUCAAUCCUGUUAUAAUCCUGGUGUGUUAAAAUUAGUCCAAACUCUCUCCCUGUACAAGUACUUAUGUGUUAAUGUUCACAGUAUCACAUUGUGUAGUAUAACAAAAAUAUUGGAGCCUUGUCUUUUUUAAAGUCGCUUCCAUUUGAACUUUUAUAUUUACUUCAAUAGUUAAUUUAACCUUCAUGCUAUUUUUAUGUCACAUUUAGAACUAGAAUUGUGUCCUCAUUGUUUUUCUGCUUUAUGUUGCCAUCAUUCUCUGAAGUGACACUGCUCAGUAUAUUUUGCAUAUAGUGGCACUACGAAUCAAAGUGUUCUUAUAUUUUUCAAAUAGACAAGUCAGCGGAUUUUGUUGAUUUUACUCCAUUACCAAAUGAGUAUUAA